GACGAAAUCAAACAACGGAAAAUAUUAAAGUACUAGUACGUGCGUGCUUCUAAAGAUCCCACGACGUUCUUUUUCACCUCAUGAUUCAUCCACAUGUUUUUCCUAUAUAAAUGCAUAUCCAAACUCCAAAUAAGAAACCUCAAACCCUAAUUAAAAUCUGCAAAGCUAGUGUUCUUGACAAAGAGUUAAAUCCCAUUUCAUAAUAUAUAAAAUGGGAAUCAAACUCAGCCGUGAUCAUUCAACUUCAGCAAUCCACGACAACAAUCACCACCAAGAUCUUGAAGACCAGAAGAUGAAGACGAAGAUUGGUGACGGUACGACUCAAAAUCAAUCAAUCAACUUCAAGAUUCCACUUCAUUAUCCAAAGUAUACAAAGAGUGAUUAUGAGAAAAUGCUAGAGUGGCAAUUGGCUCAGAUUUUGAGAGACUAUGGCUUGCCGAUUAUCGGAGACUCCAACGAGAAGAGGAAGUUUGUCAUCGGGGCUUUUCUCUGGUCGCCGGAGAAGGAUCACUAGAUGUUAUGAUCCGUGUAUGGCAUAUUGUCCUUAGUAUAUAUUGUUUUAUUGGGAAAUUUUAUGUUUACCACUUUCGUGAUACAGCUUUUAAUCUUUACCACUACUAAAAUAACAUUUUCAAAAAUAUAGUAUUUAUUAAUUGGCAAAAGACUUUUAUACUUAUGUUAUGUAUAUAUAUAAUAAAUCAGUAUUUAAACAAAAAUAAAUAAAUAAAAAAUAGUAAUAAUGUUUUUUUUAUGUUUUCGAAUUAUACUUUUUCAAAUUCAAACUUUUUAUAAUUUUUUAUUUUUUGAAUUUCUUUUCGAAAGUUUUUUUUUUAUUUUUUUUUCAAAUUUUUUUUUUGAAAAUCGAAAAUUAUGUUUGAAACUAUUUUUUUAAUUUUUUAAGUAUUUAUUUAUAUAUUUAUUAGAAUCUUAAAUUUCACAUUCCAAAAUCCAUAUCUCACCCUUCAACUCUAAAUCCUAAGUCUACAUUAGUUAAUCAUAAAUGUAUAAAUGUCUACCCUUCAUCAAACGUGAGGACAAAAGUGAUUAGUGUAAACAUGAAAAGUUGUAUUAUGAAUAUGGUAGUUGUGGCAAUUUCGCUUAUCUUAUAUACCCAAAAGAAAGUUGUUAUGUAUGGUAAUCUGGUACUCGUUUAAAUAAUUACUACAACUUGACUUGUACAGGUUCACGAGUACUGUUUGUUUUAACGGUAUAGAUAUAUGAAAUUCUUCGUAAUAUACAAAUGUAAUGGUUGUGCAUCAGUAUAUGUGUUUGUAUGAUUUGUAAUAUACAACAUUUAUACAAAUCGACAGUUCUUAA